AGCAGUGGCACAGUCCCGUAGUGUCAGUCAUGGUGGCGCUGUCGCUGAAGAUCGGGGUGGGGAAUGUGGUGAAGACCAUGCAGUUCGAGCCCUCUACCAUGGUGUACGACGCCUGUCGCAUCAUCCGGGAGAGAGUUCCAGAAGCACAGCUCGGCCAGCCCAGUGACUAUGGCCUCUUCCUGUCAGAUGAGGACCCAAAGAAAGGUAUUUGGCUGGAAGCAGGCAAAGCCCUGGACUACUACAUGCUGAGAAAUGGGGACACUCUGGAGUACAAAAAGAAACAGAGACCCCUGAAGAUCCGCAUGUUGGAUGGAACUGUUAAAACAGUCAUGGUGGAUGACUCAAAAAUCGUCAGUGACAUGCUAAUGACCAUCUGUGCCAGAAUAGGCAUCACAAACUAUGACGAGUACUCGCUGGUGCGUGACGUGGGCGAGGAAAAGAAGGAAGAGACCAUGGGGACACUGAAAAGAGACAAGACCCUCCUGAGGGAUGACAAAAAAAUGGAGAAACUCAAACAGAAACUUCACACAGAUGAUGAGUUGAAUUGGUUGGAUCAUGGGCGGACGCUGCGAGAGCAGGGUGUGGAGGAGUCUGAGAUGCUGCUUCUCAGAAGAAAGUUCUUCUACUCGGACCAGAAUGUGGAUUCCAGGGACCCAGUACAGCUCAACCUGCUCUAUGUGCAGGCCCGUGAUGACAUCCUGAACGGCUCCCACCCUGUCUCCUUUGAUAAGGCCUGUGAGUUUGCCGGAUAUCAGUGCCAGAUCCAGUUCGGAGACCACAAUGAGUUGAAACACAAACCAGGAUUCCUUGAGUGA